GAGCGCUCGGCUGAGAGCAGGACGGGCGCGCGCGCCUCACUGAGAGCUGGACGGCUGAGGCGAUGGAGACCUGAUUUUUUUUUAAGUAAUAUAAUUAUUAUUAAAAGUAAAACACCUCGUUAAUGGACUCAGGAUACGAGGUUGAAAGUUUUCCAGGGAUAAACGAAGAAACCGGACGAUUCUGGGUCUCAUUUUGGUCUCUGACACGUAAGCGACGCAGAAAAGUUGAGUCGCGCGCGCGAGUUGGUUUGUAUUUACCACAGUUAGCUUGCUAGCUAAGGGUCGCUAGUCAGUGUGAAGGAGUUUUACUACUCAUUUUGUUGUUUUUAAGCAUAGUUGUUUUUAUAAUGGCGUGUCUACGAGCUAGAGUGUUGUAUGACUUUACUUCUGAGAACCCUGGAGAGAUAUCAGUGAAGGAGAAUGAGAUAGUGAGUCUGUAUAGUGAGAAGGACAUAGAGGGCUGGCUGGAGGGACUGAACAGUACCGGAGAGAGGGGACUCUUCCCUGCGUCCUAUGUCGAGAUCCUGAAGAAUGAAAUCUCCUCUUCUUCAUCUAACAACAGCACUUCUGUAGAUGCGCACCAGGGCUCUCAAAGGGUUAAUAACAUUUCUACUUCCACUUUUGCAAGUGGUUUCACAGCACCACCUCUACUCCAGCAGCAGCAGCAGAGUUAUCCAGCCAGCCAGGGUAGUGAUGAUGACUGGGAUGAUGACUGGGACGACAGCUCGACAGUGGCUGAUGAACCAGGUGUCAGACAUGGAGGGUUCCACGAUUUAGAAAAUAACGGCCCCAACACCUACAGGGUGUCGACGUCCUCCAUGGCUCGAAGUAGCAACACUCAGCAAGCCAAGAGUUCCGCUACGGUUGGUAGAAACCUUAACAGGUUCUCGACUUUUGUGAAGUCCGGAGGCGAGGCGUUCGUGCUUGGUGAAGCAUCUGGCUUUGUCAAGGAUGGCGAUAAGAUCUGCGUGGUGAUGGGUCAGUAUGGCCCAGAAUGGCAGGAAAACCCAUAUCCUUUCCUGUGUACCAUCGAUGAUCCGACCAAGCAGACGAAAUUUAAGGGCAUGAAAAGCUACAUCUCGUAUAAACUAACCCCAACGCACACGCAAAACCCGGUGAACCGAAGAUAUAAGCAUUUUGACUGGCUAUACGCUCGGUUAGUCGAGAAGUUCCCGGUCAUUUCUGUUCCACACAUCCCCGAGAAGCAGGCUACAGGCCGCUUCGAGGAGGAUUUCAUUUCAAAGAGAAGGAAAGGUCUGAUUUGGUGGAUGAACCACAUGACGAGCCAUCCGGUGUUGGCCAGGUGUGAUGUUUUCCAGCACUUUCUAACCUGCAGCAGCACAGAUGAAAAGAGCUGGAAGCAAGGCAAGAGGAAGGCGGAGAAGGAUGAGAUGGUCGGGGCGAAUUUCUUCCUUACGAUCAGCACGCCACCCUCUUCGCUCGACUUCCAAGAAGUCGAGAGCAAGAUCGACGGAUUUAAGGCCUUCACCAAAAAAAUGGACGAUAGUGUGAUCCAGGUGAACGCCACACUCGGUGAGUUUGCGAGGAAACAGAUCACUGGAUUUAAGAAGGAAUAUCAGAAAGUCGGCCAGGCGUUUAAGUAUCUCGGCCAAGCUUUUGAGCUCGACCAACAGACGUACUCGGGCGGUCUGAACACUGCGAUUGCGUACACUGGUGACGCUUAUGAAGCCAUCGGAGACUACUUUGCGGAGCAACCGAAACAAGAUGUGGACCCGGUGUUGGAUCUCCUCGCACUGUAUCAAGGACAUCUCGCCAACUACCCUGACAUCAUCCAUGUUCAGAAAGGCGCUCUGACCAAGGUGAAGGAGAGUCAGAAACACGAAGAGGAGGGCAAGGUGGAGCGGCAGCAGGCUGAAGGCAUCGCCGAGCGCUGUAACAUCAUCUCCUUCGCCACGCUCGCCGAGAUCCAGCACUUCCACCAGAUCCGUGUGCGCGACUUCAAGGCCCAGAUGCAGCACUACCUGCAGCAGCAGAUCAGCUUCUUCCAGACAGUCACAGGCAAGCUGGAGGAGGCACUCAGGCAAUACGACAACGCCUAGAUCUACGCCACACCCUUCAUACUUCUCCCAGGAGCGAGGUGAACGUUAGCCAGCAUCUACUUUAGCAGUACGCUAAACCGAGAGAACCUUCCUGUCUGAUGUCUCUAUCAGCUUCUUAGCCACAUAAUGAAUGUCUGUCUUGUCACAGCAAAACAGGACUGAAUAAAGCGUAGAGGGAAAGUAUGUGACGAGAGCGUUAAAGGUAGAGAUUUCUAGAUAAAAGGGGGAGGGCAGACGCUUUUGACAGCUAGAAGACGUUACAUUACAGCUCUGUGGAACUAAUCGUGCUCAGGAUGACAAGCAUUCCAUCAGAAAGCACAGUUUCCUCUUUACUAACGCAGCAGUUUAUUUACUCAAAUGAUUCUAAAUCCCAUCGGGACUUCCAGUGCUGUUUCGUGCCAACCUUCAGAGCGUUCAAGCACUUCCAGGUCAGGUGAGCUUAUUCAAAAUGUUUACAGAGAUCUGAGGAGUAGCUGUCUUCACUUUGCCGUGCCUUUCAGCCCUGUCUUUACUGAUUUAUAGUUUUUAUAAUUUCUUUUAAUGAAUGUUAUAUACAGUAUAUAUUGUACUUAUUCCAAGAUGUUUUAUAAGGCCUUAUUUUUUGCCCUGGCUGCUAAAGUAAGACACAAGUUGGGCGUCUUCCAUUGGGAGAAACCAUGGGAACAGAAUUAUGCCCUAAUUUGGCUCUCAGACUGAUUUAUUCUUUUUUCCCCCCUGGGGGUAUUUACAGUAACAGUCCAGAAAACAGGAUUGAGCAAAAAAAAAAAAAUAGUUGUGCCCUGGGUUGAUUACCCAGUAAUUUUGUUAAGAGAUAUGAAACUAUUCCCAUGAUACAUGGAUCAGUGUCAGCGUGCAGGGAUCUAAAUAAAGCAAGAGAUGAUAAACUAAAAUGCGCAGCUCACUCAGGACUCCACUUCUGUCAUGUUUCAUCAUGGACAUGUCUGAGAAACAGGAUGUGUGACACUUCGACCCUGAAGAGGACUGAGAAUUUCAUUUAUUUAAUCAUGAAUGUUUUAUUUAAUAUUGUGAUUGAGGAAAUCCCUUGCUGGUUCAGAAAUGUUCAUUCUUUUUAUUUUAUUUUUUCCCAAAAUAAACCCGACACAACUCA